AUGUUUCAAAAUGCAAUGAAUGCAGUCGCCACAAGCAGUAAAGGGAAAGAACGCGCUGAUUUGAUUGUGGACGCGAAUUUGGAUGAAGGGGAAGGAGGGGUUGAAAGUGAAGAGGUUCACACCGGGGGUGCUGUUGAUGUUUCCUUCCUUUCAACAUAUGUGAAACGCAAUGAAAUAAAUCAAAAUUUGCAAAAUGCACCACCAAAUAAUCAGCCUAACAUUCCUUCACCUCAUUAUUAUUCUCAUGACUCAACAACAUUCCAACCAUGGCGUCCAUCCAAAAAUCUGAUUUUGCUUCUGGAAGAGUUUGAUAAAAAGAUUUUAUAUGAUUAUCCUUCAACCCCUUGUGCAUAUUGUUCUAUCCUGAUGAUGAGCACAUCAAUCAAGUGGAUCAACUAUAAUGCUGAUGAAGAAUACACUUUAAAAGUGGCAUUUCCCAAUGAAAAAUUAUCACUCAAAAUAAACAAUAAUGGUGAAGUCAAGGUUGCUGUCUGCUCAUCUUGCAAAACUGUGAAGAAUCGUAGGUUCCCACCAGCUUUGACACCAGUACCUGAUGAGAUCAAUUCAGUACCAAUGUUCUAA